AUGCAGGGAUUAAGAUGUGGUUUGAAGGCUCGCUUACGUGCCGUAGAGUAAGCAGAGCACAAACACAAAGGAUAGGGAUCAAAUCCAAAUUAUUUGAUUAUUUGUCUUUCAGAAAACUCCAUCCAACACAGCACACGCACACUCACACUCUUAUUAUUCUUUCUUCCUCCUCCAGAUAGAAAAAUACACAGGAUCUACUACCACCACUGCUACAAUGAAGAUUAUGGUAGCCGUUAAACGAGUUAUCGAUUAUGCCGUCAAAAUCAGAGUCAAACCCGACAAGACAGGGGUAGUGACCCAGAACGUGAAAAUGUCAAUGAACCCUUUCUGUGAGAUUGCCCUAGAAGAAGCACUUCGAAUUAGGGAAUCUGGUUUGGCAUCCGAGGUUGUGGCUGUUAGCAUGGGACCUUCUCAGUGUAUAGAUACUCUUAGAACUGGUCUUGCAAUGGGAGCUGAUAGAGGUAUCCAUGUGGAAGCUAAUUAUUCACUCUAUCCUCUCUCUGUUGCCAAGAUUUUGAAGAAACUUGUUGAGAUUGAGAAACCUCGACUUUUGAUUCUUGGCAAACAGGCCAUUGACGAUGAUUGCAAUCAAACAGGGCAGAUGAUUGCAGGACUUCUCAAUUGGCCACAAGGGACUUUUGCUUCAAAGGUUGUCCUUGAUAAAGAGAAACAGGUGGCAACAGUGGACAGAGAAGUUGAUGAUGGUAUUGAGACUGUGUGUUUGAACUUACCAGCAGUAAUAACCACUGAUCUGAGACUGAACCAACCAAGGUAUGCUACUCUUCCCAACAUAAUGAAAGCAAAAUCGAAGCCGAUAAAAAAGUUCACUCCAGAGGAGUUGAAUGUGGAAAUCAAAUCUGAUUUGGAGAUAGUUGAAGUCACAGAACCUCCCAAGAGAAAAUCAGGUGUUAUUGUUUCGUCUGUGGAUGAGCUUAUUGACAAACUAAAACAUGAGGCUAAUGUCAUCUGAUUAUUCUCUACUUUCACGCUUAAUCAAUUUGUUCUCACCAAAGGAUAAACAGCAUACACUAAGAUUCUGAUGUAUGAUCAAAUGAAACAAUAAAUUUAAUGUUGUUCCUUUUAUUUUCAUGUAUUUAUCAUUGUAUCCUAUCUCUUCUACAACCAUAACAUACGACUGGUAUUUGUGAAGCACUUCUAUUGGAAGUAAUGUAAUUGGUCUUGUAAAAUUCCAUACUUAUUUGAUUAAAGUUUCAUCUUUAAGUAAA